AGUCCGGGACGGUAUAACGUAUCCAAUGGAAGUACAGAGAAGUAUCGGGCCCCAACAGACAAACAGCAGCAGUAUGUGCGAGUCCACGCAGAGGUCAGAACCUCGCCGAAAGAAGAUGGAUGAUCGUAGUGCGCCCUCAGAGAUGGCCAGGAUUAUCACGGACCCUGCCACGGGGAAGUGCUACUGCCGGGGGAAAGUUUUGGGAAAGGGAGGCUUUGCAAAGUGCUAUGAGAUGACGGAUCUGUCCACCAGCAAAGUUUAUGCAGCCAAAAUCAUCCCACACGCGCGCGUCUCCAAGCCUCACCAACGGGAGAAGAUUGACAGAGAAAUUGAGCUACACAGAGCUCUGCACCAUAAACACAUUGUUCACUUUUAUCACCAUUUUGAAGACAAGGAGAACAUCUACAUACUGUUGGAAUACUGCAGUAGAAAAUCAUUAGCCCACAUCCUGAAGGCUCGCAAAGUACUAACAGAGCCAGAGGUGCGUUAUUAUCUACGACAGAUUGUCUCUGGACUGAGGUACCUGCAUGAGCAAGAGAUCCUUCACAGAGACCUGAAGCUUGGUAACUUCUUUGUGAGUGAGUCGAUGGAGCUGAAGGUCGGGGACUUUGGUUUGGCUGCCAAGUUGGAGCCAGCAGGAAACAGGAGAAAGACGAUCUGUGGAACUCCCAACUACCUGUCCCCCGAGGUGCUCAACAAGCAGGGCCACGGCUGUGAAUCAGACAUAUGGGCCUUAGGCUGUGUAAUGUACACUAUGCUUCUGGGCAGACCGCCAUUUGAAACCACCAACUUAAAGGAGACAUAUAAGUGUAUAAGAGAGGCACGUUAUUCCCUGCCCUCCUCCCUGUCGCCACAAGCUAAGCAGUUGAUUGCUAGCCUGCUUGCAAAGAUCCCAGAAGACAGACCCAACCUGGACCACAUUCUGAGGCACGACUUCUUCACACAGGGCUUCAGUCCAGAGCGUCUGCCGGCGAGCUGUUGCCACUCAGCACCAGAUUUCCACGUCUCCAGUCCAGCCAAAAGCUUCUUCAAGAAGGCUGCUGCCGCACUUUUUGGUGGGAGGAGAGACAAGGUCAAAUACUACGAGACUCUGAAUAAAUUAACCAAAGAGGAAGAGGAGAUCUAUAAACUGCAGCAUGACCUGGAGAGGACUGUCAUCAGCCAACAACAGAGCAAAAAGACAUCUGAGAAUGGAAGUCUACUUCCGCCAUCUGCCGAGAGACCUGUCGCCCCGGCAACAGAGAGCCAGUCCCCAACGACUACGCGCGACACCAUCCGCCUCAUCGUCAGGGGGAGUCUGGGGAGCUGCAGCAGCAGUAGUGAAUGCCUAGAAGACAGCACGACAGGGAGUGUGGCUGAAACUGUUGCCAGUGUUUUGAGAGGAUGCCUGGAGAAUAUGCCCAAAGCGGACGACAUUCCUCAGGGCUCAAACAGCUGCAGCCUUCAAUGGGUGACUAAAUGGGUGGACUACUCCAACAAGUACGGCUUCGGAUACCAGUUGUCUGAUCACACCGUGGGAGUCCUGUUCAACAACGGCACUCACAUGAGCCUCCUGCCAGACAGAAAGACCAUCCAUUACUAUGCAGAGUUGGGUCAGCGCUCUGUUUUCCCCACUUGUGAGGUUCCUGAACACUUUGUGGGCCAGGUGACUGUGCUCAAAUACUUUUCCCACUACAUGGAGGAGAACCUAAUGGAUGGCGGUGACCUGGGUAGUAUGACAGACGCACACAUGCCUAGACUCUACCUGCUGCAGUGGCUCAAAUCCGACCGCGCCCUCAUGAUGCUCUUUAACGACGGCACCUUCCAGAUCAACUUUUACCACGACCACACCAAGAUCAUUCUGUGCUGUCAGAGGGAUGAGUACAUGCUCACAUACAUCAACGAGGACCGUGUCUCCAAAACCUUCAAACUGAGUUCCUUGCUGAAAUCUGGCUGCCCCAACGACCUGCGGGAACGCAUGGUGUACUCUCUCAACAUGCUUCUGCAGAGGUGCAGCUAAACCCCCAAAAAUCUGUUUGGACUGUAUCAAAUAGACUGAGCUACACAAUGUGCUGCUGCAGUGCUGCAGUCAAACCAGGAUCUGCGCAGGAAAAAACAAUGUGAGGAUGGACCUGUGAAAAGUAAUUAACAUUCCGACACUGUUGCACCUUGGUGACUCAGCAGAGGUGCUGAUGGAAAAAUAACACAGAAAGACUCUAUGGAUGGCGAAAUGAAAUGUAGCGCAAUGGAUGCAAAAGGGCUGAUUUGUAUGUUGAUUGUUUGAGGAGAAGAAAGACAGAGUGUAGGAGCAAGUAUGUUGGUACGAAUGUGAAUCCCAUGUUUUUGUGGGAAAAAAGAGGGAUAUAUGGGAAGUAAAGACAAAUGCUGGGCUGGCACCAGCUUCAAUUUGUAAAGUGUAAUCAAUGCUGUUUUAUAGACACAAUCUAUAAACUGAGACUCUGAGUGUAACCAGAGCUAAACUGUUGAAUACUGUAAAUGAUGUACAGUGAAUGUAACAGCCCACUCAGCAGUGCAAAGAAAUGAUUGCUAAUGUGUGCGGUAGCUACUGAGUCCGCCUGUUUAUAUGUGUGAGUGUGUGUGUGAGUGUGUGUGUGAGUGGGACGAGUGUAUCAUCAUGCUAACUCUGAAAAACUGUGAUUUGGUCUCUUUACUGACAGAUGGACUCAGCACAUUGAGCUGAGAAACAGAGGGGUGAUGUGAAGGAGGAAGGAGAGAGGGGAGGGGGCAGGAGGAGAAAAUGACGUUAGUUUGAAAAGAAAAGUACCAAGUAUCUUUUGAGGAACACUUAAGAGCCAUUAUCAGCUUGGUAGAAAAUGUCCUACUUAAGUUAUUGUGUAUAAAAGUGCAGUAUUUAUUUAUUUAAUAAUAAAAACUGAUUUUGUAAAAAAAAAAAAUGCUCCUGGGUUUCAACCUUGUACUUUCUUUAUACCUUUAUCUUUUAAAGACCACUUUCAAUU